UGCAAGACUGUAAGGGAUCUUUUGAAGAAGCGCUACAAUAAAAAAAAAAAAUCAUAGACUGUUUGUUUCUUCCUGUUGAAAACGAUCAGUUUGUAUAUAUUUGAAAAAGGAUUAAUCUUUCUAAUCAAAUAACUAUGCCUUUGGCUAUCUUAUGGCAGCCUGGUCUGCGUUCGAUUUGGGAGAAGUAUUAUGAAGAAGCACACGCAUUGAUAUAUUUGAUCGAUGCAGCUUGCCCUUCUCGCUUUGAAGAGUCUAAAUCUGCUCUAGAAAAAGCACUGCGGCAUGAGGAUUUGCAAGGAGCGCCUCUUUUGAUAUUGGCAAACAAGCAAGAUCUCUCAAAUGCUGUCUCGGCUGAGGAACUGGACCGAUACUUGGAUCUAAAGAAACUGGAUGAGAGGGUGUACAUGUUUGAAGCAGUUUCUGGAUAUGAUGGAAGAGGAAUCAAGGAAAGUGUAGAAUGGCUGGUGGGAGUGAUGGAGAGAAGCAAAAGAACCGAAACACUAAGAGCUCGUACCGGAUAUGUUCCUGUCCCAUCUUCCUAGACGUUUGAAGAGAUACUCAAGCCAACUAGCUUUCCCUGAGGAUGCAUUUUGUAGAUAGAAAACAAACCUGAAUCUUGCAUUACAUUGCGUUGGCAUGAUGAGUAGUAGUAAUCUUCUUUACUAUUGCCUUUUAAUUUUUCUCUUGUCACAAACUCAUGCCACUCAUCAAUUUUUUCAAAUGCAGUACUCA